CCGUCCAGAUCUGGAUUUAUAUGAUUUUCUUUAUGGAUUUAUAUGAUUUUCUUUGUUAUUUUUGAGAUUUAUAAAGGACAAAUUUCUAUUUUAGACAUCUUUAGAAACAUAUUUUAAAAAAAUCGACCUAUUUUGGAAAUAUUCGCCAAUUUCUACCCAAUUUUAGCCAUGGUCAUUUCAUUGUUAAUUAAUUGUUAGGUGUGGUUGUUUGUGGGAGACCAAUGUAUAGGAUUAUGAUGGGGAGAAAUUAGUUCAUGGAGGGAAAGCAUUGCCGGUGUAUAAUUCGGUGAACAUGCAUUUUGGGGAAGGGAUGAGAGUUAUUGGAUCAUCCAACCUCAACGACGCUCUACCUUUCCUCAGCUUGUUUGAUCUUCAAGGGAUCAGGAGGAGGACGAAGGCGGUGAGAGAAAAGAUAGGUCGCUUCUUCGAGAUGAUCAUCAACGAGCAUCUAAUGUUGAGGGAGAAGGGGCAAAAGAGGAAGAAUGAUUUUGUGGAUGUCUUGUUGGAUGCCAAGAAUGAUAUGGGCAAUUUGGAGUCGCAAGUUUGCAUGAGUAGCAUCAAGGCUAUACUUAUGGAGGUGCUCAUGACUGCUCUAGAUUCAACUUCCUACGGCAUCGACUGGGCCUUCACCGAGUUGAUAAGGCAUCCUAGGAUCAUGAAGAAGCUUCAAGACGAACUGAUGAGAGUUGUGGGCCCUCGUCGAAUGGUCGAGGAGUCGGACAUACCGAAACUCGCCUAUUUGGGGAUGGUGAUCAAAGAAUCACUCAGGCUCCAUGGGUUAACUGCCUUCGUCUCCCGCCGCAACAGGAUGGACAUCUCCCUUGAUGGCUACCGUAUCCCAGCCGGCUCGAACAUCACGUUAUGCUCUUGGGCGGUGGCCCGGGAUCCGGACUUCUGGCCCAACGCCGAGGAGUUCAUACCCGAGAGGUUCGAGAAAACCAGCCCGGAGUUCAAGGGCCAUGAUUUUCACUAUUUUCCGUUUGGAUCCGGCCGUAGAAUUUGUGCCGGCAUGAGCUUCGGGCUGUCGGUGGUGCCGCUGGUGCUGGCCCAGCUAGUUCAUUGCUUUGACUGGAGACUUCCGCACGGCGUGUCGCCUUCUGGGUUGGAAAUGGAUGAGAGGUUUGGGUUUAUUAUGUCGAGGGUAGCUCAUUUGGAGGCUACUCCAAUUUCCCGCCUUUCGAUUUAAUUAGCCAAAUUAAUUAAUGUAGCCGUGAGAUUGGGUUAUAUAUUAAUAAAGUCGUGACAAGA